UAUUUUUUAAUUUUAUUUUCGUAUUUGUGUUUUAGUUCACAUAUUUAACUUAUAAUGGAGGUUGACGGAGACGCACCGAAUUUAACAGACUAUGUGUCUGCGAAUGGAGCUGGUGGGAGCAUCGCAAAGAACACGGAAGUGAUAGAUAUCUCAGAUUAUCCCGUCAAAAAAAAGAAAAGCAGACUUUCCAAUGCUUACAACAAGGAUCUUUGUAAAAACAAUAAACCACUAACAGAUUUCAUAAACAAAUGCCUAUUUCUCGACCCAACUAUAGGCAUGGAGACAGUUAUUAACAAAGUUUUACUUCCGUCUUAUGUUAAAGCUGACAAGGAAUAUAAAGAGUCGAAUAAAUUUAGAAGAGUUAUUACAAAAGCAUUUCAAAGACUGAUAGAUGAUCCUGAUAGGAAAUACACUCAUAUAAGUGAUGUUGUUGAUACUCUGAAGUUUCAUGUUGAAACACCGCCUCAAUUGAAAAUCUCUCCAGUGAAGAAAAGAGUGAAUUUUAUCACACUGUCUACUAAAGUAUCAGUAAAACCCAAUGACCACAAUAGGAAAAGACCAAUGAUUCAAAGUAGCAGUAGAAUUUGUCCACCAAAGAAAUCUAAAUCUGAAGUUAUUGCACUGGACUGUGAUGAUGAUGAUGAAGUCAUUCCAAUAGAUGAUGAAGCUUAUGAAGAUACUAGUAAUCAGGUUAAAGAGAAUCAGAAGAGUAAAUCACAAACAGAGGAAGAAAAUCUAGUUAAUGGUGAUACUGAUACAAUUGAAAUUCAAGAUAGUCAAGAAGUAAAAAUAACUGAUGAGAAGGAAAGUGAUCAUUCAGUAAAUAAAUUAAAUGGUGAUAUAUCUACUACUGAAAACAUAGAAGAGACAGAUAAAGAGAUUGAAAAUGAAAAAGAAAAUGUAGGAUCGAAUGAAAACUUAUUAGUACCGCAUAAAGAAAAGAUUGUUAGGUUAGAGAAACCUAAAUUAAAGAAGGAGCCAGCAAAGAGACCUGAAGAAAUGACGGAAGUUGAGAAAGCCAGAAGGAUAAGGAUAAUAGAGGCCAAGAUAGAAACAUACAAUAAAACUAUUGCUCAACUUGAUUUAGAAGAGGUCACAGAUGAUUCUUUGAAUUCGCCUUAUCAUAAAUGUGAUCGCUUACGAGCAUCAAUCGUGAAACUGUACAAAGAACUAUGUACUUUAGUCGGCGAGGCACCACCUAAAAGACGGAAAAUACAGCUUCAGAUCAAAGAGGGUGUGCCCCAAGGGCCGAUCAAGAGGCUGGAGAAAUUCCUCAACAAACGGGCGGAUGCGGAAGGCGAGACUCCGUUCCCGGACUUUAGUGAUGUGAUAAGAUGUGUGGAGAAAGCCAAUGAAGUUGACGGUCUUGGGUGGAGUAAAGCGAAGAUUAUGAAAGAAGCUCAAUCAAUAUUCACGUACUGCGGUCGCGCGCUCCAGAAGAAGCGUCAGCAACGCGAAUGGAAACACCUUCGCGCCAUGGCGAGGCCGGAAGAGUUCGAGGCCGAUCCAGCCGAGACGGACAUGGAGUUGCAGGCGAGGCUCGAGGCCAACCGCCGCCUCGCCAGCCAGCGAGAGGCCGAAGUCUUCAACAAAUUCACUCAAUUAGAGGACGUUCCCGAACCAGCGGCUUCAACAAGCUUCGCCAUAGAAGAACCUUCCGAACACGAUAGCUCAAGCGACGAAGAAACUGAACCAACUCCUGUACUAAAGGAAAGUAACAAUGUUAACGUUACUAGUAAUGUUAACGUUAACAAUAAUGUUAACGUUACUAGUAAUGUUAACGAGACUAGUAAUGUUAACGUUACUAGUAAUGUUAACGAUAGUGAAGUUGUAGUGAAACAGGAACCAGAGGAGGUGCCGAUUAAAAUCCAGUAUCAGGGUGAUAUUAGUUUGGUUAUAAAUAUAUCGGACUCUGAGAGUGAGGAUGAGUAUGGUGUUUUGACGUUUUAA